GGAAGACUAUAGAGUGGGAACUCUGGGAGGUGGCGGUCCGGAGUCUAGGCGACGGGGCGAGACGGGGAGAGACGGGGCCGGUAGGUGGCAGGAGGGGGCCGGGCCGGAGCCGGCGGGAGGGCCAGGCCCCGAAGCCCCCUCCCUGGCUAGCCCGCCCCGGCCGCGGAGGAGAAAACGGAGGAUGAUCUCCAGAUACACUCGGAAGGCCGUGCCGCAGAGCGUGGAGCUGAAAGGAAUAACAAAGCAUGCGCUCAACCAUCAUCCCCUUCCAGAGCAACUGGAUGACAUUUCCUCUACCAAUGACAGCCACGAAAAAGAUACCAGUUCUCAAAGUGAGUCUGACAUCACCCAAGAAUCACCUUUUACAUCAACCGACACCGGGAAUUCGCAUUCUGCUUUUCCAAGCUAUGCAGGCACAGGGGUCUCUACAGAAGGCAGCUCUGACUUCUCUUGGGGAUAUGGUGAACUCGAUCAAAAUGCCACUGAGAAGGUGCAGGCAAUGUUCACAGCCAUCGACGAGCUCCUGUACGAGCAGAAGCUGAGUGUGAACACACAGAGUCUGCAGAGAGAGUGUCAGCAGUGGGCGUCGAGCUUCCCUCACCUCAGGAUUCUAGGUAGGCAGAUGAUCACUCCAAGUGAAGGCUACAGACUGUACCCUAGAUCGCCUUCUGCUGUGUCGGCUUCACACGACGCAACUCUGUCUCAGGAGAGAGACUCUACCAUAUUCGGUAUAAGGGGGAAGAAGUUACAUUUCUCAUCUCCUUAUGCUCAUAAAGCAUCUUCCACCACCAAACCGUCGGGCUUGUCUGCUGUGGAAGGGGAAGAGGUAGACUGUAUAAUCUUUUCUGAAGGAAUCAUCGAGGAGUACCUAGCUUUUGACCACACGGAUAUGGAAGAGGGAUUUCAUGGAGACAAAUCAGAAGCAGCCACAGAAAAACAGAAGUUAGGGUACCCUCCCAUUGCUCCAUUUCACUGCAUGAAAGAGGACGUCCUUGCUUACGUUUUUGACAACGUGUGGAGCAAGGUUGUGGGCUGUAUGGAGCAGCUGACACGUAGUCACUGGGAGGGAUUUGCUUCUGAUGACGAGAGUAACAUUGAAGUCACCAGACUGGAUUCAGGAAGUCCCUGUAUGCUGAACGAAGAUCACCCUUUGGUCUUACCUCGAGUGCCACAGUCCAAGGCGCUGUCCAUCACCUCAAAUCCGAUGAAUUUCUGUCAAGCAAAUGGUCACCAGCCAAAUGUGAAUGGCCUCUUGGUUCACGGAAUGCCUCUACAGCCAAGGAACCUCUCCCUGAUGGAUAAGCUCCUAGAUCUUGAUGACAAGCUACUUUUGAGGCCUGGCUCCAGUUCCGUCCUUUCAAACCGAAAUUGGCCAAACCGAGCCCUGGAGCUUAGUACGUCAUCUUUGUCAUAUACAGCACAGUCCGCCAGGAGGCGCAACCCCCCACCCCGCACCCUGCACCCGAUCAGCACGAGCCACUCUCGAGCCGGGACGCCAUGGCCUGCAGAAGAGAUCCUCAGAGGAUCCCGAGUAAACCCCACGGUGACUCCAGCCGAGCUCGAAGUGCAGUGGUGGACGAGCCCAACCAGCAGCCCCAAGAGAGGCUCCUUCUGCCUGUCUUCUCUAGACCCAACACAACUCAGUCGUUUUUGCCAGACACACAGUACCGAAACUCCUGUGCGUCCGAGUUUCCUCACCAGGCCCGCCCUGGCAGGGGGUCUGCAGGUACAGGUGGGGCUGCAGUAUCUUUUCCUUUCUUCCUACACAUCGUCCUUCCCUGCAGACUUGUCUACAGUUAGCCGUCCCUGUGUCCUCAGUCACAUGAGUCUACAAACCCUCAAAGCAGAGGUGGACCCAUCUCUAGAAGCAGCAGGCAGUGACCACAGGGCAGGCGAGGACCUGCAAGGCCUCAGCAGACUGCAAAUACACAGAGGGUUUCAUGCACCAGCACUCAGGCACCAAACGAUGCAAAGCUACAAACAGCAGCUUGGUCCAUCUUCAAGAGUUAUCUCGGUACAACUGGCCGAGAAACACUAGAGUAUCUGCCAAAGACUGCGUGGGCAACUGUCCUAUGUCCAGUUACUGUCUUCUUCCAGCUCUUCCACUGGGCAGUAAAGAUUGUACCCAAAAGACGUGACAAUGAAAAACACCCCAGAUCACUGCUCUUGUUGUCUCUAAGCAAUCACGAUUCUUGUACAGUUCAGUAAGAUUACACACGCACACACGAUUCAGAUCACUGGCUUCAGAAUAUUUCCGCUUGUAUUAAUUUCUGGAGAACUGCACUGUUUUAACAUAUUUUUAGAAGAAAGUGCUGCCAAAAAAUCUGAGAUACUCAUCAAAUAAAUGUCAUUCCUAAGCUUUAA